UUUUUUUUUUUUUAACUAAAUUUUUCAAAGAAAAAUUAAGUAAAUGGCUCAACAACAAAAAUCUUCACUAGCAGAAAUACCAGAAGAUCCAACCAUUGUUUUGUUUGGUGAUCUUUUUAGUGGUAAAAGUUCUGUUUUAAAACGUUUAACUGGCGGUUUACUAUUGACAGGGUUACGCACACUUAGUAUAGUUGAAAUUCGUUUGUUACAAGCUGAAGAGCCGUUACGUAAAAUCUCUUUACGUUACAUAGAAGACAAAAAUCAUCAACCGAUAUCUCCAUGGGAAAUCACGUUUGCUAUUAUAACGGAAUUAAAUGAGGAAGAAAUUGAAGAAAAAUUGCAUGAAGCUCAACGUUAUGUACGAAAUCCGAGUAUUAAAGAUGCUAAACAUACACGAUUGCCACCUGAUAUUGAUGAAUUAUAUUUUACAAAAAAUUCAGUAUGUGUUACAAUUAGUGGUCCAGACCAGAUGUACAAUUUAUCCAUGGUCGAAUUGCCAGGAGUUGUAAGAAACGAUGAAAGCCACGAACAAUUCGUAUUAUCUUUGGUAAAAGAAUAUAUUAAAAAAGAAUCGGCAAUUUUGGUUCCAAUAUUUCAAGCAACUUCUGAUAUAGCUAUACAAUGCGCAUAUCGUCUUGCGCGUGAAGCAGAUCCUACCGGUCAACGUACAGUGGGCGUCUUAACGAAAAUGGAUCGUAUUGUCGAUUUUCCAAAUGAUGACGAAAUACAUCUUGAACUUGCUACUCUUGUAAAAGGUCAAGGGGAGCACAAACUUGUAAAUGGUACUUACGUUAUAAGAAAUCCUACCAAUUCAGAAAUUCGGGAGGAUCCAGAUGAGUUGGAAAAAGAGACAAUUAAAGCUCUUAAACAAAUUAGUAUUUGGAGGGAUGUACCAUCUGAUCGAUAUGGUUUACAUAAUCUGACAAUAAAAUUAUAUGAACGAGUACGAACUUGUUGUGGUUUGUCCCAAAUUGACAAUCAGCCUAAAUUACCGGUUUCUUAUGAAAGCAAUGAAACUUCCCUUGUAUAUUUAUUAUUUUGAUUCGGGGCAUAUUACAAUUUGAAGCACAGAUAAUUUUUUAUUAUCAUUUGUUUUAUGUAUUUAUGCCAACUGUUAUGUCUAAAAAACAAAUGUAAGCUCCACAUUUUAUCACUAGGUUUUAAAAUUAUUUUUCUGUUGAAAAUUUAGUUAAUCAGUAAUUAUAGAAUUUACGUCGACACGGUAGUAAUCUCAUUAAAGUUGUGGCCUCGUUCAUAAAAAUCACUUAUUACGAAUUAUAAAUUUCUCAUAUUUUAAGAAUAUUAUAACGGUCAUAAUGCAUAUCAUUAAUAAAAACAAUUAAUUCAAGGUUAGUGCUCGAUGCAUCAUUCGCCCUAUUCAAACUUUAAUCAUAUAGAGUUCCCAUGAAUUUACCUCAUUUUAUUAUUUGGGAGACGCAGACGCCCUUAAUUAAAAUUAAUUAAUUUCAAGUACUUGCAAUUCAAAUAUCAUAUUUCC